UCCAUUCUGCCAAUCCACUGUGGAGGUCGACGUGCGGAGCUCCGGAGCGGCACCAAAUCAAUCACCAAAGCCCCAAACAACAGUCUCGGGCAAUAUGCCACAAAGUCAGUCAUUUGCCUCUCAUGGGUCAUUCGCGUGCCGCGCCUAAGCUUUCUUCGCUCGGGUGAAUAUGUACUUGAAGAGACAAAGCAAAUGCCCCUUCGACGGUCAUGCAAGGUGAUCGUUCAUCAUCAUCGUUAUCUCCAGUACCGGAGGAUGUAAGGGAUAUAUUGAAAAAGAAAUCUAAACGAGCAGUGACUCGACAAUGUCCCGUUUGCUUAGAGCACAUAUCAGUUCGUCAGCUUGCUGCCCAUGCAGAGUGGGAAACACAAAGGUUAGAGGAGCUGAGUAAUCGGAUGCCAUCGCCCCCACCCCUUGAGGAAACUCUGGAUUACGAUGUGAAUGCUGGUGAAGCUGGUCCGAGCACUCGUCGUGCAGCUGCUCGUGCCAGGAAGAGCAUCACACCUCGGAGUGCGGCUCCUCGUACUGCGCUAGAAUCAUUAACCACUGAAGCAGAGAAGACGAUCCGCUUCCUGCAAACGAGGCGGAGAAAGAGACACGCGAAAGCGAAAGAGAUCUCCAAAUUGAUUCUGGACGAUCUUGAUGGGCCCUCAGUAACCGCUUCAGCCUUGAACUCCUCCACCUGUCCUGUUUGUGGUAUCCACAUUCCUCGCGAUGAAACAAUGGAUCAACAUGUCAAUCGAUGCUUAACUGAAACGGCCGCGAGCGAAGCUUUCCGAGCAGAGAUAGCGAACGCUGAGAGGCAACUCCAACAAGCAACAGGAGAAGUUUAUGAAUUUGCGGGGGAAACCCGCAUUCGAGUCACAUCACUGACAGGGUAUCAAGGGACUGGCUUCAGCAUUCGGGAUCGAACAUUGGGCGAUGUGGACGAUGAAUUGGAUAUUGAAGGUGUCGACGAGGCUGUCUUUGGCGAUGCGCAAUUUAACGAGGGAGACAUAGUUCCCGUGAAUCCAAACGAGGAUGACGUCGUUGACAUUGACAAUAAUUCUGAUGCUGAGGACUCGCCGAUGGAGGAGGUGGAGGAGGAAGCGCCGCUUGGCGGAAAUUCUUCAACCUCCCGUGUUGCUCGUGCACGGUCCCUCAGAGAUCUCGUCUCUGCGGGAGAGGUUCUUCGACAGCCAAUAGUUGAUAACGAUGGGACCAAAAUGAUACAUGUUGUGAAUGGGGCGUUAGGCUCUCUGGACAUGGUCGACGAUAUCUCGGAGCUGAACCGAGUGAUAUCGAGCGCGGAAAGGAAGGAGGAUACAAACAUUCUCGUCAGGGCACUCAAGCGAAAAGCUGCCCUUCUUGAAAAUAGAAUUCCUCCGUCUCCUCCGAUAGCGGUACCCCAUACAACUCAUUCCGCGAGCACUUCGGGCCCUGGAAGCUCGAAUUGCCGUAUCUGCCUGGAAUCAUAUUCCGAACCAACAGUGUCUGUGGCGUGCUGGCACGUUUUCUGUAAAACAUGUUGGCUUCAAUGUCUUGGAUCAACGAGGCUGUGUCCUAUUUGCAAGCACAUUUCUGCUGCAUCCAACCUUCGCCGGAUUUAUUUAUAAUAUAGGGUAAUGAGGUACAUACGUCUCUAGAGAUUCAUGUCUCGCUUUCUCAUCGGCCGUCUUGCAAUUUUUUGGGACCAUGAUGCAUCUCAUUGCACACUUUGUACAGUACACACGUCUUCGGUCUAAUGUAUUUACGUCUGGCAUACAAGGUGAAUACGCUGAGUCAAAAAUCAGUGAUUGAAG